GUCACAGUAUCGGGUUGACAUUCUGCCGAGUGGCCAAAGUGUGGUUUCUUUCAGUGUGGUUCUCGCCAUUGUGAUUGUUGGGAGCUGUAUAAAUAUCAGCAGUCGCCUUCACUCUCUCCAAACAACGCAGACCUGUUACCCCACCAGCCUCUAAGCCUUCAGAGGGCACGCACUCGACACCCAUACAACCGAGGCCAGAACGCAAACCUACACACAAACACCAUCGUCGCGACGUUGCUCGAGAGAUGCAUGAUCGCUGGGUACAAACCUCAUAUGACCAGUUCAUGGACACCAAGUAUGUUUCUGGCCGCAACCCAACCGCUGAAGAGGCUGCUGAGUUCUUGAAAUUCACCGCUGAUGAUCUCAACGUCACGAAAGAAACGGAUAUCUAUGCUCCUUUGUGUAAGGUCAUGCAAUCGGCUUUACCCGAGGGAACUCUGGUAUGCAAGGAUACGGGUGAUUGGGCUGAUGAGUCGGCCCCCGCGUCCACUUCUGCACAUUGGACAGGCGAUAGGCCCAGUGGCAAGAAGAUUGAUAUCUGCUUCUACGAGGAUAACCAAGCAGUCCUCGAUGCGGUAGCCGUUAAUCCAACUACCACUACAGUCACAGAUACAGAUCGCCUUGCCAACAUGGGCCGGGUUGCCUGGACUGAAGUCGUUGCCUUCUUAGAAGCAAAGGUCACCGUAGAUAUCUUCGGGAUGAAACCAUCUCGACCCUUCUUGCCUUCUUCUGUUGAUGCCACUAGCAUGCGAGGCCAGAUUGCGGAGUAUGCAGCAGAAAUUCUCCUUCAACAGCAUCGUACGCAUGUCUUCAUGAUAUUCGUGUACCAAGACACAGCUCGUCUGGUCCGAUUCGACCGCGCUGGCGCCAUUGUCUCCGACUUUUUCAACCUCGUUACUGAACCGAUGAAGUUGCUCAACUUUGUUUUUCGGCUCGGCAGGAUGUCCCCUUCUGAACGUGGUUUCGACGACAACGUGGUGUUGGCCUCAGGUGCGGAAGUCGAACUCAUGAAGAAUCAUCUGCCUCCGCAAACCGACCAAACUCGACUGGCCACACACAUACGGAACGCGCUCUCUUCAGAGUCACGUAUUCACAAAAUUACUGUUCCUGGCAAGAACGGAGGGAACGCGCAAAGGUUUCUCGUCGGUAAGCUUCGUGCAGGAAGCCGAUACCCAACGGGGCGUGGUACCAAAGGGUACAUUGCAUUUGAUCUACAGAAACCGCGCUUCGUCUUCGUCAAGGAAGGCUGGCGAAUCGAUUCCGACGAUGUCACUUCCGAGAUGGACAUCUAUGCUCAACUGGAGAAGAACCAUGUCGAACAUGUGCCCACAGUCGUCUGUGGAGGUGAUGUCGGAACGCCGGUUCAAAGAACAGUAUCUCAAUCUCUACUCACUGCAAGCUCCGAGGUAACGUUCGCAGCUCGUAUUCAUUAUCGAAUUGUUCUCGAGGAGAUCGGCCUUCCUCUGGAGGAACAUGUCCGGGGGGAGGAGUUGAGUCUAGCAGUUUACUACUGUAUAUUGGCUCACAAGCAAGCUUACGAGAAAGCUGGUACCCUGCAUCGUGACAUCAGCCCAGGUAACAUCCUUAUCAAUCCCAAUGACGAAGAUCCGCAGAAAUCUAAAGGUAUACUAAUCGAUUGGGAUUUGGCAAAGACGGUGGAACAAUUGAAGAUGAUGCCUACUCAACAUGAACGUUCGGGCACAUGGUACUAUCUCUCCGGACUUCUCUUGAACUAUCCCAAGAAACCAUACGAACUUUCCGACGAUCUGGAGUCCUUCGUGCAUGUAAUCAAUAUGCAGAACCUCCGCUUCAGGCAUCACGACAAGAGUCCAUGCAAGGAGGACAAAAGUGAUCUUUCAGAUCACCUCUUCCACGUCUAUCAGAAAACCAAGGUCGUACAAGGAUUCCACAUGGGCAGCAAGGACAAACUAACCCAAAUGAAGAGCGGCGUACCACCCUACACGAUCACCGUCCACAGCAAUAUGUCGAUUCUGGUGGAAGGCUUGAUGAAGAUGUGCCAGGAACACUACGCCGCUCUGGACUGGGACGGUCUCGCCAAGUAUGCUGUAAAGGAGGAUGUUCCUGAACCCGUCGAACUGAGUGAUCCUCGCCCUCGUGUCCCUAAAAGUAGGACAGCAUUUCCCGUUCCCAAAAGGAUCGCACUGGUUCCCACAAUCCCAGAAGAGGAUGAAGCACAGCCUCAACAGGCUCUUGAACCGCAACCUCAACCACCCACUGAACCACCAAAGAAGCUUCUCGAUACUCACGAGCACAUUGAAAGUGUUUUUGCUAUAGCAUUGAACAUGAACAACUGGCCACCAAACGACAAGAUGCCAGACCAGUUCAUUGGUCUCCCCUAUGGGGGGCCAGCUCCGGAAACAGGCAAAGGAGCGUGUACGCCUAGUCGGGAAGUUAGUCACAGCAAGCGGAAAUCUGUCCAUUCGACUGGAGAUGCCUCGGGAGAAGGUAAGAAGCGUAAAUCUUCUACUUUGCGCAACAGUCAUACGGGGCGUUAGAUUUGUUAUGGAUACUCGCAUACAUUACUCAUAGGCCUGUUUGUCGUGAAUAAAACCUUAGAAUAUGUAUGCCCAUUUUUACUUGAAGAAACGGAUAACGAGUUGGAACAAU